CGAAGGAGGGGCGGCGGAGUGGAAUGGAGGAGGAGCUGAUUUGACGUGAUCAUCGACGCAAUACGGCAGUUGGAGGUUCCGUGCCGGGUGGGUCACCGCUUUCUCCUUCGCUGCGGUCUUGCCCACUCCUCCGUCAUGGAGUCUGUGGACCGAGCCACGCGCGUCUUGCUGCCUUACUUGACCCACUGCUCGGUGCGGCGGAUGAUGCCCUGGGCACUGAUGAGCUUCAUGGUGAUCGGAUCCCUUGUUAAAGAACUAAUGCCGCCGGCUGCUACUUACCUGAGUAACAAGCGCAACGUACUCAAUGUCUAUUUUGUGAAAUUUGCUUGGGCCUGGACAUUCUGCCUGCUGUUUCCGUUCAUCUCUCUCACCAACUACAAUGUCCUCCAGAAUGUUUUGCCUGUACUUGUUCGCCUUUUCUCACUGAUGGUUGGCACUAUCAUUUGGUAUACAUGCACAAGUACAUUUUUGCUCAUUCAGGACUUCACAGGCAGUUGUUACAAAUCGUCAACCCUUGCUGUAGUGACUCAAGAACAUUCCAACCAAGUACAAUGCCUACAAGCUGGUGGGAUAUGGGAAAGUUUUGAUAUCUCAGGACAUUCCUUCCUCCUUUCAUAUUGCAUUCUAAUGAUUCUAGAAGAAAUGGCUGUGAUGCCCAGCGUGAAAACUUUCCGUGGUUCUAGACUGCACGAUGUGGUGAACAGUUUGUUCUUAGCACUGGCUUGUUUGACUUUUAUCUGGCUUUUCAUGCUUCUUACUACUGCUGUAUAUUUCCAUGAUUUUUGGGACAAGAUUUUUGGCAUUUUGGUGGGCCUCUCUGCUUGGUAUGGAACAUACAGGUUUUGGUACAAGUCACCCUUAUCUCCUGGAUUUCCUCCCCAAAGAACCCUUUAUUUCCCAAAACCUAAUCGUAGGCUAUAAAAUCAGUUUGUUGAUCAGAUCCUGUUUUAAAGAAUAUUCAUUUUUAAUUAUCUAAAUUUAUUUCCCAAAGUCUAAUUGUAGGCUAUAAAAUCAGUUUGUGGAUCAGAACCUGUUUUGACAAAUAUUCAUUUUAAUUAUUUAAAUUUUAAGACAACUAUUAAUAUGAAUAUUUAAAGUGGAUGGCAAAAAACUAAAAUACUGUUUGUAUUAUGAGUUUGUGAUAUAAUUCUGGAAAGUGGUUGCUAUAUUACUGUAAUAAUAUCAGGACUUUGUUAAUCUAGGCUAACUAAAUGGAAACUGUUGAUCAGAUUGGUACUAGAAUAACCUGAGAGGAAAAUACUCCUUUUAAAAACCAUACUUUUGACUAUGAAGAAGCAAAUUUAAUAGACAAAAAAAUGUACUUGCAUACAAAGCUCAUAUGCAAGGACUCGAUAAAUGGACAUAUUUUUGGUUAGAUAGAUGAGACAAAUUGGCCAAAAUCAUACCUUAUUUGAGGAUUUGAUAAUUAACCAAAUUUUGUCUCAAAUUAUCUUGAAGAUAUAAAACAAAGUUUUCUCUGAGUUUGAUUUAAAUCCAUAUAUUAAAACAAAAAUGGAUAGCCAGAUUAGUUUAUGGUACUUAUUGCCAUAGGAAGAUUUUGGAUUUAAAACAACUGCCAUCCUGCUUGUGUCAACACUCAACUUUGUACAGUUGAAAUAGCUUGCAUCAUGCACCAUUUUUUCUAGAAUUUAUCUGGCUUAGAGUCUUUAGAAUGUCUUAUGUCAUGUUUUGGCAACACGGUACUCCUGAAUGUCACAAAAUGCUUUAUAUCUGCAAUCAAAGCUAUCCUGUUAGAGCAGGCUGUUUCUUGCAAGAUUGCAGCUUUCACAUUCUCUGCUCUUCCAGUUCUUAAUUAAAGAUGGCAGUUAGGAAAUCUAUAGCAAUGUUCUAAUUUAUUGUACAUGGGAGUUAUAUAGAAAAACUACAUUGGUUUUACAGCCAUAUGUCACAAGAGGAAAAAAAUCUUAUUUAAAAACUCUUGUUUAGGUUCUUUGGAUACUUUGACUCUUCUUGCAUGGUACAACCUUGCAAUGUUAAUAUAUUUAUAUUAAUUGUGUUUUCUACAGUUUUGCACUUUGACUAAAAGUAUUACACUACAAGUGCAAUUAUUUUUAAUAUAAUUGGAAAAUAAUCCAGUUGUAACGAACUUGGCUGCUUUGUAUAAUACAUUCAGCCUACUAUAUUUUAUGUGCUUCUACUAUACAUUUAAUAGCUGCAUAGUUUUCAGGUACUAAGCUAAAGUGAGGAUCUUUUUUGACUCGGACAACAUCACUUAAAAAAAGUUGAUCUCCAAGGCCAUGAUAGACAUGUACUGAUACCACUGGAGGCAUUGAUUCUGAAAAAUUGCUGCUGCCUUUGUGUCUCUGUGUUUUGUUCUUUGUUUUGUUAGGGGGAUUUUUAGAUGAAAGGUAGAUGUGUUAGAGUCUUUUGGAGGGCUAGCACACUUAUCCUAUGUUUAUGCCCCCCCCCCACCAAAAAAAUAAAUGUUAGAUAAAUAAAUAUUACACAUAAAUAUCUUGAAGAGUUUCUGGAGCUGUAAAAAUGUGAUUGCAUGUUGUCUAUGAUUUGCUCAUGUUUGUGCUAACUUUUCAGUUUUCUAAUUGUUUUGAUAAAAGUUGCUAACUCAGCUCCAGAGCUUUCAGGUUUGGAUGUGAUCGAAACACUAAAUGGUUUGAAGUCUUCAUGUUAAUUAUAUUACUCACAAACUGCCUGAGUUUAGGAGUUUGUAUUAACUGGCAUGCCAUUUCAAGUUCCUUUGAAUUGUAUGGUGCCUCUCUAUAUACUAUAGAUACUUGGAAAGUCAUCCAGUCAAAUGUGUGUGUGCUAGCUACUUAAAGAUGAAAUUAUUUUGCCAUUUCCCAGGAUUUAAAUAAUGCCUUAGUGAAUCAUAGCUUCAUAUUUAGGCUUGUUACUUGUCCCCCAUAGAGUUACAACAGCUUAUACUUGUGCCACAUUUAAACUUCUAGAUUGUGCAUGACAGUUGGUUUAUAUAACAUUAUUUCCAACAUAGGAGAAAGUGUUUUAUCUCAAUCUCAGCUUUAUGCCUACUCAUAAAUAAAAAACAAGCAGCUAAGCCACAGUUCAUAUAUGUGUGGUAUGUGUGGGUGACUGUAAUGAGUUGAAAAGAUAUAAGAAUAGUACAUUGGCAAUGAAACUUGGAGUAUUAUGGAGGUGGAAACUUGAGCUCAGUGGUAUAUAUCAGUGGAAUUAGAAGCAGACUGAGUUUAUAUUACCAUUAUUGGUCUUAUUGUAAGUUUUUUGGGGAAUCUUCUAUGAAAAGAAAUAUGCAUUUAUCUAUGUAGGUUAGUUUAUCAUAACCUUCAUGAACUGAGCUACAUAAAUAUUUGAGGAGCAGCCUUUAUGGCUGGCAACCCAUCUUCCAGUCAAGUUACAUUCAUGGCUCCUGUAAUUCUUUCAGAGAAUCCCAGUAUACGAAUUGGUUCCAUAUCAUUGUAAUGUACUGUAUUGAAGAAUUAGUGAAUUCUCAAGUAAUUCCUAAGUAUUAUAUGUUUCCGUUCACUGAGAUUUUUCUCAGCAUUGCUAUACACAACUUACAUAAAAUAUAAUUGCUGUAAUAGUUUUCAUAUUUCUUAAGCCCUGGUUUUGUAUUGUUUAAAGAAGCGUUGAGAGAAGUGAAGUGAAAACGCAUAUAUUUUACAAAUAUGUACAUUUUGUUAGCUGAGUGACGUAUCAACAUUGUUAUUGUAUAGGUAAGCAUUCUAUAAAAAAAUAUUCUGACUCUGUAAUACAGAUUUUUGUGUGUGUGUAAUAAUCACUUGAUAGUUUUGUUGCCCAUGAAUGAACAAAUCAAAUUCAUCUUCAAUCAGUGCAAUAACAGAUUGUGUCUCCAGUGGUUUUGGCUUUUUUUUUUUUAGCUAAACUACUUAUAUUGCCAGUUGUGUUACAGUAAUGCCCUAAUCUGAAACAUGUUUUACUACAUAUUAUUAGUUAAAAAGCACUGCUUUUGCCAAAUAAUCAUUUUUCUCCCCUACCUCUAAUGUAAUUUGUGCCAUGAUGGCGUAGCAAUUGGUGUACCAGUAAAAGAAAAUUUUUGAUGUAUUUUGCUAACUGUAAUGGACAAAAGAUUAAUCUCUGCUUCCUAAAGUGGGCAAACAAAGUAAAGCUCUAAGUAUCUCAUGACUACAGUGUCAAACUUCAUUUUAAGCUAUCUUUAAUGUGCCGUAAAUGGUUAAUUUGACUUUCAAAGUGUAAGUGAGAUUUUCUGUUGUGCAGAAAACCUUGGUUUCAGGUUUUCCAUUGAUAUUUCAUGGAUGUUAGGUCUAUCCUGGUUUCUGUUUUGGAUUCUAUUUUUGCAGGAGGGGUUCUAGAAAUGUUAAAAAAAUUAAUAUCAGAACAAAUACUUUUAAAUUAACAAAAAUUAUAUCUUAGACAUGUAUUGAGUUGAUUUCCAGUACAAACCCUGGAAAGAAUGCUGUAAACUUCAUCUGUCACACUUGAGCAAGAUCCUAAUUAUAGCACGUUGGAAAUACUUCUGUUUGACAUUCUUCUAGAAGUGCAGGGAAAUCUGGUAGUUAAUACUUGAUGAAAAGAUUGUAGGAAACCCAAAGUAGGAAAGUAUUACAGUUAGCCCUUGAGAUGAUCAUAAUGCAGUUUGCACAUGUCCUGAGAACUGUCAAGUGAAGCAUCUCACUUAUGAUACCCCCAUCCCUGCUCUUCCCAUUGAAUCAUUAAAUGAACAUGCAAGUCAUUAAGUUAAUCAUGGGAUGCCUUCAGGUAGGGGUGGCUCUUGGAGGCCUAGCACAGGCCUGUGCCCACCUGCUCCAGUUCUCCCAAGUUUUUGCCACUUACCCGAAAUACCUGCUCUCUGCUUUCUGCCCUUGCGUCUCCACAGGCUUUUUCCCUAUUAAAAAAAAUUUCCAGGAAAAUUUUACUUAUUUAUUUUAAUUAAUUUAUAUAGCCGCCUUCUUGCUCACAACAAUUUUGAAUAAAGCAUGCAUACUACCGGACUGAAUCUUUUGUUCUUAAAUAUUUAGUUGGAACUCUUAGUUAAAAGUUCUUUUGGUAUUAGAACAGGCAGAACAGGAUAGUUGGAAUAUACUUUGCAUCUUUGUUUUAAAACGAAAUAAAAAUACAGUCCGUGUUAAGUUGGUGAGUCACCUGGCAAGCGGGUCACCCUAUAAAUGCAAUUAAUUGUGCCUUCAGUUGUCCUGUUCUAAUGCCAACUGAGGCAAAAUACUUCUUGAGAUGCAGCAGAAAUGUUCACAACUGGAUUUUAACUCCCAAGAAGGCCUGAUUCAAAAGCAUGGCAGUCUGGAGUGAAAGAUAUUUAGUAUAUCAAAGGUUAAAAGCAAACUCUGUCAAACAUUA